AUCUCUGGGUGAGACAAUGACAACAUGGGGUUGUUUUGGUGACAUGGAAUAUACGUUUUACGAUACUAUUGCUCCGCUACGGUGUUUUUUUCUUUUUCAAUGUUCGCGAUAAGAAACGAAGAAUCGGAUCUAAGUCGCUAACUCUCCUCUGCGAUUUUAUUACACCCAGCCCCUUCAGUAGAAACCAUUGAUUCUUUCAAGAAGCGUGGCUUAGAGCAGCGCCAUGUCUAAGCAGCCGGCGACGGACCAGUGGCUGCUGCAGUUCCUCACGUACGAGGACUACUUGGACUCGCUGGUGACGGCACACGACCUGCUGUACCUGCGCUCCAGGGAGGCGGCCCGCACCAUCGCGGAACUGGGAUACAGGAACCCCAACACUCUGUCGCGGGAGCAGUUCGAGCACCGGCGGCGCGCGGCCGCGCUCUUCCAGACGCCGGCGCUGCUGGAGCAGCGGGACUGCUCCCUGCUGGCCGGGCCCAUCUCAGACCCGCUGCUCGUCGCGCUCGCCGACCGCGAGAGGGCCAACCGUCGAGGGGACCUCGCUGCGCCUGCGGCACGUGAGCCCAGCGUCCGCUACAUAAGGGGAAGGCGGCCCGGCUGGGGCGCACACCUCUGGGCGAUGGCGCUGGCGGAGGCGCUGCUGCUGCUCCUGGCGGCGUCCCCGGGUACCAGCGACGUCACUUACCGGACGUGCCACUGCUUCUCCCGCGACAACCGAGUGAACGCGGACCGCCGGCUGUGCUCUGUAGACGAGGAAAAUAAGGCGCUAUCUACGUGCACAGAUGAGUUGGUUCCGCGCUUGCCACGUACGUACGUCUAUGUCGCGCCACAAGGACUUUUCGCCGUCUACCGAUUUCACCGGAGGUACCACCAUGCAAGGAUUUACUGCGAGCAGGAAGGAGGCCGACUAGCAGUGCCAGAGAGUAUGAAUGUAUACAAAAAACUGCAGAAGCUGAUAAAAGAUGAGGUCGAUAAGCUUGCUUAUAUAGGUGUGCAAGACAUGGAGACUGAGGGAACGUGGAAGGACAUUGAUGGUAACAGACCGCCGCUCUUGCCUUGGAGGAAGGGCGAGCCCGACAACUAUGUCGACGAGGACUGCGGUGUGAUCCACCCCGAUGGCGGCCUUCUGGACGACGGAGCCUGCUGGAUGUUUCGGCCCUUCGUGUGCGAGCGCCGCUUGCAGAAGCCGGUACCGUCCGGGUACACGUGGAGCAGGCAGGCCCAAAAGUUCUACAAGAUCCUCAGUCAGGAGAAAACCUUCCUGGAAGCGAGGAGAGUCUGCGAACAAGACGGCGGCGCCCUGCUGUCGAUCGAUACGAACAUCGAGGCGCAUUAUGUGUUACGGUUGUUCCCCGCCACUCGGUUCGACCCCUGGGUGGACCUCAACGACGACGCGGCCGAAGGCCUUUUUGUGGACAGCAGAGGGCAACCCCUGGAGUCGAAGGAGUUCCAUUUCUGGAGGCUCGGCGAACCGGAUAACGGCGCCGGGCACGGGCCCCACAACUGCGUCAUCCUGGUCGGCCUCGGCUAUUACGUGGACGUCUCGUGCGAAGACACGCAGCCCGUCGUGUGUGAGCUCACCCCGUACUAGCGAGCGGCUGCGCUGUCUCUUCCCAGCACAGGGCGGCCGUGUCGUCUUUUUAACCCUCGGCGAUAGUGGAGUAGGACAUGGCAAAACUGAAAGUGCCUCUUGCCGUAAAUAUUUGAAUAGCGCAGAAAUAAUUGCUGCUGCCUUGAGUGCCCCAAAUUACUUACAGUUAAAAAUAAUUGGAUGUGCGCUUUCAACUGUUGUUCACUAAUGUAAACCUCGAUUUUGGUCAUCAGUCUACAAUAAAACCGAAUAAAGAAAAUGGUAAAA